UAUCAGAGUGAGGGAGAGGAGCUUCUGUGCCACGCAAGGCAGCACAACGCCAGCUACUAGGAAGGAGAGCGUUAUAUCAAUGAGUUACUAGUUUGGAACUUCCUCACAGUUAGUUUUAUCGCAGAUAGGAAGUUCCUCUCGCCGAUGUGGAUUACUCUAAGGUGACCCCCACCAGGACCCUUAAUUGGAUAUUAACGUGCGUGCUGAAAGCGAUGGUGGCUUACGAUGAACUGGGAACCUUGGUGCCUAUCAAACGGACUCUCCAGGUGAUAGACCUCCAGAACCAGGCCAACAAAGAACUAGAGGAGCCCAGCACCAAGCGGGUGCGUCCGCUCGGCAGGGUGACGUCGUUAGCCAACUUCAUCUCGCCCGUCAGGACCGGGGCGGUGCGACGCUUCGGACAGACCAUCCAGGCCUCGUUCCGGGGCGAUGGUAAGACUCCGGCCGCCGCCCAGAAGCCCUGCAGCAAGGCAGCGGCGCCCACGCCCCCCAAGCGCCGCAACAGCACCCUGUGGUCGGAGACGCUGGACGUGCACCAGAUGGGCGCCUUCUCCACCCAGGAGAUCAAGAGACAAGAGGCCAUAUUUGAGCUGUCUCGCGGAGAGCAGGACCUGAUUGAAGACCUCCAGCUCGCACGCAAGGCGUACCACGACCCGAUGCUUAAGCUGUCCAUCAUGUGCGAGGAGGAGCUGACCCAGAUCUUCGGUAACCUGGACGCCUACAUCCCCCUACACCAGGAGCUGCUGGCGCGCCUCUCAGAGGCCACGGGCCCAGACGGCACCGUGGGCCAGGUCGGCCGCAUCGUGGUCAGCUGGCUGCCCAGGCUUAACGCCUACCGGGACUACUGCAGCAACCAGCUGGCGGCCAAGGCCCUGCUGGACCAGAAGAAGCAGGACCCGCGCGUGCAGGACUUCCUCCAGCGCUGCAUCGAGUCGCCCUUCAGCAGGAAGCUGGACCUCUGGAGCUUCCUGGACAUCCCGCGCUCGCGGCUGGUCAAGUACCCCCUCCUGCUGCGGGAGAUCCUGAGACACACCCCCGCCGGGCACCCGGACACCGGCAGCCUGGAGCAGGCGAUCACCAUCAUCCAGGGCGUCCUGUCCGACAUCAACACCAAGAAGGGCGAGUCCGAGUGCCGCUACUACAUCGACAAGCUGGACUACCUGGACGAGCGGCAGCGCGACCCCGUCAUCGACCAGUGCACCAGCCUGCUCUGCCACGGCGAGCUGCGCAACAAGAGCGGAACGAAGCUGCACGUGUUCCUGUUCACCGAGCUGCUGGUGCUGACGCGGCCCGUGAGCCGCGACGGGCGGCAGUGCUACCAGGUGUACCGGCAGCCCAUCCCCGUCCGGGACCUGGUGCUGGAGGACCUGCAGGACGGGGACGUCCGCAUGGGCGGCUCCUUCAGGGGCGCCUUCAGCAACGCAGACAAAGCCAAGAACAUCUUCCGGGUGCGCUUCCAGGAGCCGGGCGCGGGCCAGUCCCACACGCUGCAGGUCAACGACGUCUUCCACAAGCAGCAGUGGCUCAACUGCCUGCGCAGCGCCAUCUCCGUCCACCGCCCGCUGCCCGAGCCCGCCGCCGCCGCCCCCGCCGCCGCCGCCCCCUCCACCCCACUCCCGGACGUCCGCUCCAAGCGCCGGCCCUCCUCCGCCUCCGCCAUCGUCCACAUGGAGGAGGUCGACGAGAACGCUCCCCCCUCCUCCUCCUCCGCCCCCUCCUCCCCCUCCUCCUCCGCCACCUCCUCCCCGUCCACGUCUCCGUCCUCCACCCUGUCCUCCUCCUCCAUCUCCCCCCUGGCCUCCCCCACGCCGAGGAAAGGCAAGAAGGACAAGCGGUCUCUGUGCUCGUUAGGGAAGAGGAAGGAGACCAUGGUGUGAGACACCCCCCCUCCGUAGAGGAGGAGGACAACACAGGACCCCUGGACGCUUGGGUCACUCUAGGCCUGUACGUGGAAGCGUAGUGGGCACUUAAACCCCAAGGUGGAGGACUUCUGGCGGGCGGGCUCGAGGUUCGGGGCACCUGGCCACAUGCCGGGGACCACCCCCCCCCCACCCCCACCCCGUCCGUCCGUAUUUAUGUUUUGUGGCGGCGAGUGUGUUGGCACCGCAGUGUUGUGUGUCGUUGUCCACCUAGGCAGCUAUUGGAGAGACAGCCCCCCCACCGGGGCGGUCCUCUUCCUGGGUGUAGACCCCCAGGGUGCAGUAUUCAGAGGAGACCCCCUGAGGAGGGGUUGUUACAGGGGGGGGGGGGGGGAUGAGGUGGGACUCCUACGGCGAGCUUCCCGCUUUGUUUACUGUUGUUUGUUAUUUAAGCAUUAUUUUUAUUUAGCGUCGCAGCGUCUCUCCUUCGAAGCGGAGGGAUGUCUGGGACUGAUUUAAUAUUAAUCUGUAUUUACUGUAGCUCUUUGUUGUUCGUCAGAGGCAGCACUGUCUGUUGAUUGUAGCCAAAGUUAUUUGAAACUUUCAGUGAUGAGGGAUGGGCGACAUGAGGACAAAUAUACCAAGCGAUCAGUUCUUUUUUUUUAUUACCAACACAUUAUUUUUAUUUUGGUACAAAUGACAAAAAAUGAUUAUACGUUUUCUUGGUGAACAAGUCUUAUUUUUGUACAUUCCUUUUACAAACAGAUGUUAACAACCGGGCAAUUAUUUUUUAACUGCGUUCACUGCAGCCAGAGACAUUGUAAUAUAAAGAUAAUUCACCUUAUAACUGCGUUGCUACGAGAGUAGCCACCACGGCGGAAACGGUUCCAUGUUGGUGAACCGGAUUUGGGGGGAGAGGUUUAAAUGUACUUUAAAAACCAAACCCUACAACUUUAUAACCUGAACCAUGUUGGUUUACCAAGCGAACGGAUCCGGAGACGGAUCUGUUGCUGCCGGCUCGCUCGGGAGCAGAGCGAGAACGGAGCGAGAAACGGACUAAACGUUCCCGGAACGUUGGGAAAGAAGAAGAAAAAGAGAAGGUUUUCGGAAGAUUUGAGAGAAAUGGGAAUAGAAAAGAAACAGAGGAAG